CCGUACGGCGUUCCGACGCGACACGGCCUCUCUCUCUCUCUCUCUCUCUCUCUCUCUCUCUCUCUCUCUCUCUCUCCCUCGCUCUCCCUCCCUGCUUCUCUCCCUCCUCUUCCUACCUGAUUCAGAGCCGCUCCGACGCUAUGCGUAUGACCGCGUCUCUCUCCGCAAGACGAGCACCACCAGAGAGAGCCGCACGCUCGUGCUGACCGCCGGCCCACAGCAGUACCCCCAACGCCGGCUGACGAGGCACCCAGGCCGGGCAACGGGGGCAGCACAGACGCCGCUGAGUGCAGUCUGGAGAGUUUGACCUGGACAGAGAGAGAUCUGCUAAAGGACGACCCUGAAGGCUUCUGUCUGCAGCUUUCACCUCUCCAAUCUCCCCCUCUGUCUCUCCCCCCUUCCUCCUUCUCCUCUUUUAUCUAGAACUUCUCAAAGCCGUCGUCUACGUCCUUCUGUCCUCUCACCUGUUCUACUUCCUGUAAUUGGCCAUGGCAUCCAAGCUGAACCCCAACGUCCUGUACGUGGCGGAGCCUGGAGAGUCCCUGGGAUCUCCCCAAGCUGAUUCUGAAAGGACUCAUAUUUCUGGAGAAGCUGGAGAAGAGUCGUCAGACAGCGAAGGAGAGCAAGAGGAGACGUCACACAAGCUGAUCCGCAAAGUGUCAACCUCCGGACAGAUAAGAGCCAAGAAAAGCGUGAAGGAAGGAAUCCUGUUAAAGCAGACCAGCUCCUUCCAAAGAUGGAAGAGGAGGUACUUUAAACUCAGAGGCAGGACGCUCUACUACGCCAAAGACUGCAAGUCGCUGAUUUUUGAUGAAGUGGACCUGUCGGACGCCAGCGUGGCCGAGACCAGCACCAAGAACAUCAACAACAGCUUCACGGUGAUCACCCCGUUUCGCAAACUUAUGCUUUGUGCUGAAAGCAGGAAGGAAAUGGAGGACUGGAUCACGGCUCUUAAAUCCGUUCAGAAAUGGGAAACCUAUGAAGCCAGCCAGUUCAACAUGGAGCAUUUCUCUGGGAUGCACAACUGGUACGCUUGCUCACACGCCAGACCCACCUUCUGCAACGUCUGCAAGGAAGCGCUGCCGGGCGUCACCUCCCACGGCCUGUCCUGUGAAGUUUGCAAAUUCAAGGCUCACAAGCGCUGCGCUGUUCGCUCCACCAACAACUGCAAGUGGACCACGCUGGCUUCCAUAGGAAACGAGAUCAUUGAGGAUGAGGACGGGGUGUCCAUGCCACACCAGUGGCUGGAAGGCAACCUGCCCGUCAGCGCUAAAUGCGUGGUGUGUGACAAGAACUGUGGCAGCGUGCGGCGGCUGCAGGACUGGCGCUGCCUCUGGUGCAAGGCCAUCGUGCAUAACAGCUGUAAAGAACAAAUGGGGAAGGUGUGUCCCCUGGGCCAAUGUCGAGUCUCAAUCAUCCCACCCACUGCACUUAACAGCAUAGACUCAGAUGGUUUCUGGAAGGCCACCUCUGGAUCUUGUGCCAGCCCUCUCCUUGUCCUGGUGAACUCCAAGAGCGGCGACAACCAGGGGGUGAAGUUCCUCCGCAAGUUCAAGCAGCUUCUGAACCCGGCUCAAGUCUUCGACCUGAUGAACGGAGGACCAGAGCUCGGGCUGCGGCUCUUCCAGAAGUUUGUGACGUUUCGUAUUCUGGUGUGCGGUGGAGACGGCAGCGUGGGCUGGGUGCUGUCGGAGCUCGACAAGCUCAACCUGCAUAAACAGUGCCAGCUCGGAGUCCUUCCCCUGGGAACGGGGAACGACCUGGCGCGCGUUCUGGGCUGGGGCGGCCUGUGCGACGACGACGCCCAGCUGCUGCAGAUCCUGGAGAAGCUGGAGAGAGCCACCACCAAGAUGCUGGACCGAUGGAGCGUGAUGACAUACGAGGUGCCCCCCACCAAUAAACACACGCCCACCGUGAAGGAAGACGACAGCCACGAGGCUCCUCUGCAGGUCCACAUCACUCAGUAUGCAGACUCCGUCGCCUGCCACCUGGCCAAGAUCCUGGACUCUGACAAGCACAGCGACGUGAUCUCCUCCGCCAAGUUCCUGUGUGGGACGGUGAACGAUUUUGUGGCAGAGGUGGGGAAGGCGUACGAGAGAGCCACAGAGAACAAGGAGGAGGCAGAUGCCAUGGCAAAGAAGUGCGCACUGCUGAACGAGAAACUGGAUUCGCUGGUGAAGGCCUUGAGCGAGGAAGCAGAAGCUCAGGUGGUGCCGGCAGGUUCAGCACCGAGCCAGGAGAGUGGCGGCUCAAGCCCUGGUGAAAGUGGCGGCGAGUCGGGCUCUGAGGGCAAAACGUAUCGGUCCAAAGAGCAGCUGAUGCUCCGAGCCAACAGCCUGAAGAAAGCCCUGAGGCAGAUCAUCGAACAGGCUGAGAAAGUGGUUGACGAGCAGAACAGACACACGCAGGUCCAGAGGAUGCCGUCUUCAUCCUCCAUCACCAGGGAUAACAGUGAGGAGCUGAAGGAUGCCGACACACGAGGUUUGAGUCCCACUUCGCCCAUCGUCCUGGAGAAAACAGAAAGUCUGAACGCGGUCAGCUUCAACGAGGACAUGGUUCAGUGCACAGAGAAGUGUGUGAUGAAUAACUACUUCGGCAUCGGACUGGACGCCAAAAUUUCUCUCGAGUUCAACAACAAGAGGGACGAGCAUCCCAAAAAAUGCAGUAGUCGCACCAAAAACAUGAUGUGGUACGGCGUCCUCGGGACCAAAGAGCUGGUCCAGAAGACUUACAAGAACCUGGAGCAGAGAGUCCAGUUGGAGUGUGACGGCGUGGCCAUGCCGCUGCCGAGCCUGCAGGGCCUGGCGGUUCUCAACAUUUCCAGCUAUGCAGGAGGAAUCAACUUCUGGGGAGGAACCAAAGAGGACAAUAACUUUGGAGCGCCGUCGUUCGACGACAAGAAGCUGGAGGUGGUGGCGGUGUUUGGGAGCAUGCAGAUGGCCAUGUCCAGAGUCAUCAACCUGCAGCACCACCGCAUCGCUCAGUGUCGGCAGGUGAAGAUCACCAUCCUGGGCGACGAGGGCGUCCCGGUGCAGGUGGAUGGGGAAGCCUGGAAACAGCCGCCCGGCAUCGUCAAGAUUGUGCACAAGAACCGUGCUCAGAUGCUCACCAGAGACAGGGCGUUUGAAAGCACGCUGAAGUCGUGGGAGGACAAGAGGAAGAUCGACAGCUACCGCGCCGCCAGGCCGCGCCUCAACUCCCAGCAGUCCAUGGAGUACCUCACCGAGGAGGAGUGCGCCCAGGUGCAGCAGCUGGGCAUCGUGGCCGACACGCUCAUCAAUAAAAUCCGCGAGGCGGCGAAGACCCACAAGCUGGUGGAGCAGGAGCUCGCCCACGCCGUGAACGCCACCGCCCUGGUGCUCACCGAGACCAAGGUGUCCAGCAACGAGUGUCUGAGCCGCAGCACGGCGGUGGAGAUCGUCAACAGCAGUAAAGUCCUCCAGGCAGAGACCAGCAUGCUGCUGGACGGAAAGCUCCUGGCGGAUUUUCCCGAGGAGGAAGAGCUGCGAUUGACCCUGAACAACCUGAGCGCCGAGCUGCUGAAGCUGGACGACAUCCACUGGAUCUGUCCGCUCAUGCAGUGCUCCGAGGAGGACUCUGUGCGGAGCAGCAGUAAAGGCACCAGCAGCAUGAAGCUGAAGAUUAUUCCCAAAACGAAGAAGGAGAAGGAGAAGCUCCACAAGCAGAAGUCCAACAGUUCUCUCUCAGGAACGUGGGAUCUUAAAAGUGGAGCCACUGAGGCCGAUUCCUCAGUCAACUGAACACCUGCGCCUCGCUUUACUGCCCCCCUCCAACAGGAGAGGGCGCGACCCCCUCUCACCCGCUUCCUGUCCGGUCAUGAGGCCCCUCGGUUUCCCAGCGGUAUCACAAACUGAAGUAAUGCCUCCUUCCCGACUUUUAAGCAUUUUGUUCUAUUUUACUUCGUCGUCAGUUUUUUUUUUUUUUUUUUGCAAACCAGCACAGGUAUUUCCUCCACCCCAAUUUUAUGUGUUUUUAAAAAGCGGGGCCUGUUUCUACGUGGCAUUGCUUCCCUGCCGCCAUUUUGCUUAUAUUUCUGAGUCCAAGGCAAAGAGAGGAACCAUGCAGGUAGGGGGAAAGCAAGAAAAUGUGUUUACGUGGUGCUCACCUCGCAUGUCAGGUGUAAACCUUAGUUUUUAUCCUAAGUUGUUACAAUCUAGGUUGUUUUUUUUUUUCCUCUUUAUAUGACGAGCCUUCGGACUGCAUAUUUAUUUCUCGUUGCUACUGCCAGGAGAACUCCCGACGGCAACAAAAUCAACAGAAUUGAACAAACUGAGAUGUCUCAGCUUUAUCGUCUGCUGAACUGAAAAAUAUCUUCAAUGUUGCAAAAAAAAAACCCAACAAAAACAAACAAAAAUAUUCAAAGGAAUGUACUUGUGUGGACUUUUAAUAACCUGUGAAUUACGAUGCUGUUCAGUUCGGCUCCGCGGCGGUUCUGUUGUCGUCCUUUCAAAGUGGUUCUUCAGUGGACAAAAAAAACGAGAAAACAAAACAAAAACAAAAAGAACAAGCGUGAGCGAGUCAUUUUGCGACUCUCCCCCCGCUGUGCGUGUUCUACACUUGAAUUCAGAACCGUCGUGAGGAGCAGCGAAGUGACGCGGUGAGGUCGAUCUUUUUCUGCCAUUGUCUGGUGACGGUGUUUACAGGAGGAGGAAGCAUCAAGGACACUUUGAUGCGUCUCAGCAGCUUCUCAGUGUGUUGCUCUUACUUUGUCAUACUACAUGAUUGUAUACUAAAUAUAAGAAUAAGACCUAAUAUGUAUUAGAUUUUUUUUUGCCUUGUCUGUGGUUAAGAGCUAUUAUUAUUAUGGCAAAUAUAUAUCUAUUUUUUUGUAUACCUUAUUUUCCUAAAUGGUAAUCUGUGAAGCUGUCCUGGCUUUGCUGCUUCCCCCUUUGGAAAGUCCAAUCACACAUGUAGACGCCGUUCUGAGUUCCUGCAUGCACGCCAUGCCUUUCUUCGCCUCACAGUGGAAAUCGCCUCAGAGUGGCACAUUUCAAGCUUGCUUGUUUGUGAAUGCCGCACUGGUUUUUGAUAAUACAUAGAAGGACCAUUGUUGAACAAGUUUCUAUUCUAAGUAAAUAUUUUUUGAGCUUCUGUUGACCAGAGCAUACUCGCUAUUUGGCUUAAAUUACUAAAAUAUUCCUGAUUACCACUUAAAAAUGACGUUUUCGUGUGAGAUUAAUUUUUUUGGACAAACAAAAUACUAAGUUACUUUAAAUUUACUCACUGUUUAAGUUCUAAAAAUGAUACAUCGUUGCUGUUUUUCCAAUACGAAAACGACGAGUAUUUAACGUGAUUUGUCAGACUAUCAGCUAGCCUGCAUCUGGCUGCUUUACAGAGAUUACCUGUUAACGGCUAGCUUACAUCAUGUGUGUGCUGGUAGACCCUAGAUCAUGUUGUAUAGACUUUGAUAUUGAGUGGAAAGUAAAAUAAACUGCAAGGUAUGAAUUGGCUAAUUCGGCACUUUCUGCCAUAUUUUAUUUAAAGUUUAAAUAUGUUGGAUUUUUUGGGAGGUUCUUUUUGUUUAAGUAAAACUAUAGAUAGUUGUUGAAGGAGUAACAUGAACAUUUUAGACGUGAUAACGUACUGAUAAGUUUAACGGCUAAAUAGAAUGAGCUCAUUUAACUCACAAGCUAGCUUAAAGCGAGGCACAAAAUUAGUCGUUCAAUUUUUUUUUCUUAUUUAACUUACGCUGAUUUAAGUGGUUAAAUUCUGGAUUCAUAAACUUAACAAACUGUUAAGUUUUUUUUCUGCUCCAAGCUUAAAAGUCACAUACAUUAGCUAUACUAGUAGCAUUUCCGCUAGGCUGCUGGUGAAAACAAACACAAAAAAAAAACAGCUAUUGAUUUUGGUUUCUUGUUUGGAUGAGUCAGGGAAGUUGUCACUGUGAGGCGCUGUAGAUGUUCAGCUGUGGUAGGAUUGUGCUACUGUAUCCAUAGUGUGCCAGCUACACGCUCAAAACCUUAGAGGCUUUAGUGGUUGUUGUGCCAAGUCUGUACUUUGGGUUUAAGACUUAACGGAGUGUGUGUGUGCGUGUGUGUGUGCGUGUGUGUGUGCGUCCGUAUGAGUGUGUGUGAAAGCGUGUGUGUGCGAGCUUUUGACACGCUUCAGAUGCAAAAGUCACUGCGUGUCAUACAUUUCAAAGUUUACUGUAUCUUUGCCUUGCACUUUACGACGACGCAAACUUAAUAGGAAAAAAACAUCGACAAACAUUUGCAUAUGUGCGCAUGUUGAAAUUUUGAGUGAAUUUCUUUUUUUUAAAAAUUGAUUUGAUGAAAAGAUAUUUAAAGAUAUUGUACAUGGAUACAAAUGUGCUGGUAAAAUGUAAUAUCUAACCAAUCAUAAAGCGUAUAUAAAUACAGAUGUAAAAACCAAGGUUUAUUACGUUGGUGGUUUUAAAUGAUGUGAUGAUGUCCUCGCGCCUGCCGCAGUGUAAAACAUGUUGAAAACUGUAAUUAUUCUGAAAAUCUUAAGUCAACAUAUUGAAACUGUCCAGUGUUAUUUAUGGAUUACCAAUGACUCGUUUACACAGCCGAGGUGUUCAGCCGCUGUCGAGCCAAUAUUUGAGUGCUUUUCAGUUUUUUCAGUUUGAUGACAAUAUGCUGUACUGAAAACGAUGACCAAGAUGUUGAGGUAUGAAAGCCAUUUUGUUAAAAAAAACAAACAAAAAAAAAAUGGUUGCCUGUUUGUUUUUUAAGGAUCAUUUUAUUGACUGUCUUUUGGAUUUUCUUUUCAAAGAUUGUCAUUUCUUUUCUAGAUUUUGUGUAAGUUGUUUUAAAAAUGCAAAAACGGGGAUUCGGAUGGAAACUCUUCCGAUCGCUGGAGCUGCAGUGAAAAUGCCGGCGGAGCAAAUCUGCAGAUUGAAAAGGUUUAACGGCGUUGGUGCAGCAGAGACUGUGCAGCAAGCCAGACUAGAUGUUGCACGACCUUGAGGUGUUUUUAUGUGCUAUCAUGUGCGGUGUAUAAGAAACACAAAGUCAGUGCAACCCUCCGGAGAUUAAAUGACUUAUUGAAGUGUGA